UAUCUAUUUAUUUAACUGGAAAGUCAUACUUGCAUGUGGGGGGAAAAACUAGGUUUCCUGGAGACUGCUGAGGCAUAAUAUAGGUAGAUGUUCGAGGAAAUUUGUCAUAUCGCAGUAGGACUACACUUCCUUUAAUUCUACAGAAAGACAAUCAUGUUUAAUCAUCGUGGACAAGUGUUCAUCGCAAACCACAAUAUUUCGAUCCUUAAGUUUCGGUUCUACAUUUUCGUAAAUUAAAUAGUCCACUUGGUCCCCCUCAGGGAUAUGUAACCAGCAUACCACAUUUGUCAAAGCUUUCUUAUUGCCUAAUUUUUGCUGUCUUAUUGACUAAAAAAACAACAACAACAACAAAAUUUACGAUUUGAUCGGGUUCAGCGAGGACGCAGCGGGAAAUAUGGCAGCUAGUCUGGGGUUAUGCUGCAGGAGAGGAGCGCGAUGCACGUUUCUCACACACCGAAAGGACGUCGGAAAAACGCUGCAAAGAGCCCUUUCCCUUCGAAUGGACUCGGGUAAACAGAAAGUCAAUGGAAGUGAACUGUUUUACCGACGGACUGGAAGAGGGGAUCAUGUCGUUUUGCUUCUUCCCGGAGCAUUAGGCAGCGGGCAGACGGACUUCGGGCCGCAGUUAAAGGAUUUGAGCAAAGAGCGUUUCACGCUAGUUUCCUAUGACCCAAGAGGUUAUGGACGCUCUAGGCCGCCUGAUAGAGACUUUCCGCCCGACUUUUUUGACAGAGAUGCCAAGGACGCCGUGGACCUUAUGCAGACUUUAGGUUUUGGCAAAUUCUCUUUACUGGGGUGGAGCGACGGCGGUAUAACAGCGUUGAUCGCCGCUGCGCGGAACCGCUCCUCCGUCAAAAAGUUGGUCAUCUGGGGGGCCAACGCUUACGUAUCGGAUCAGGACGUGAAGAUAUACAACGCCAUCAAGGACGUGUCCACGUGGAGCAGCAAGAUGCGGAAGCCCAUGGAGGACAUGUAUGGACCGGAGUACUUCACUCGGACGUGGGAGGCUUGGGUGGAGGCCAUGAGUGAUUUCGCUCAGAGGCCAAAUGGGACGGUGAAUGUGAUCACUUCAGGAAGCAUCUGCCGAGAUGUGCUGCCCCGGAUUGGCUGCCCCACCCUGAUUGUACAUGGGGAGAAGGAUUCUAUGGUGCCUUCCUUCCAUCCUCAGUACCUGCUACAGAACAUCCAGGGCUCUUGUCUGCAUCUGAUGCCAGAGGGGAAACACAACCUACACUUAAGAUUUGCUGCAGAAUUCAACAGGCUUGUCGAUGAAUUCCUGUGCCAGUGAAAAGCCGGGGACCUGGGACUCUCACAUGUGAUUUGGUAAUGACAUAAAAUGACAACCGGGGGUAGAAGUCACAAACACUCAGUAUGACCUUCAUGCAUCCCCGUACCUACCAUUGAAGACAUAGAGGUGAAGUCUGCAGUAUUUUUUCUGCAUCUCCAAUUACCAUGAUCCAGUAUGGGGCAUAACCUACGAAGGGCUAACAGUUUUGACCUCAGUAUUUUAAAAAUCCUGGCUACGGUCCUGCCUUCCUGUCUAUAAUAACCUUCAUCUUACUCGGUAUGAAUUUCUUUUAUGGAAAUAAAAACACUCAAGUGAGUAUCAGUGUGACCUUUCUAAAUUUAAAAGUGGAAGAUUAUAGAAAAACAUGCACUUGUUUAAUAGUCAACAUGUAUUCGUAACGUACCUCUUCUGAAAAUAUUAAGCUUGUAACUUACCACCAUAAUGACUGUUUUCAUAAAUGAAGAUGCCCUCUGUGUACCGCUGGUUAUAACACCACUGGUCUAGGGCUGACGCGAUUAGUCGAUGACGUCAACACUGAAAAUGCGUCAACAUCAAUAUUUUAAAUCAACGCAUCGUUUUUUUGCACUAUGUAUGAGCACCACAGGCGCUGUUUGGGAUGAUGGACCGCCAAAACCACCGUAAGUGCUCUCUAUUCAUAUUUAUUAAAUUACCAUGAGUACGGAGAGCUUUUUAAUACCAUUUGUCCUUGUAGUUGCUAAAUACACUAAGUAUUAAAACCAUGAAUUUGUCUGCCUGCUGCUUUAGAAUUUGCAUUAUAUAAGUGUCUAUGAAAAUGUUUAGGCUAGAAUCUGGUCUUAUUCAUUGUUUGACGAUGCCGAUGUGUGUGUUCAUGCACUGGGCUUGUUGGGACCAGUGUUGUUAUCGAAACUGAAACGAAAAUGGACACCAAAGAAAAUAAUUUGUGAACUGAAAAUAAAAACUGUUUACCAAAAAAA